CGAGGAGGUUCUCCCGUGGUGGGGCGCGGGCGCGCGCGUCAACGGCGGGCCGCCCCUCGCUGCCCGCGGCGCCGCUCCCGCGGCGUCCGAGGGCGAGGGGGCCGAGCGCGGAGGCGGCGGCCGCCAGCACGGACCCGUCCCUGGGCCUGGCGCGGCCGGUCUGGACCGGUCGGGCCUGUUGUCGGAGAACGACGCCGCGUGGGGCAUUUUCAGCUGA